CUUAAAAUAUUAGUUUGUUGUUAUGUUAACCGCAAUCUACCGAUGUUUAUGGUAUAGGCGCUGCUCUAUACGCUUCUGGUUGUAUAAAAGACCCCUAGUGAGUGUAGUGUGUCUAGCGACAAUAAUUAUAACGGUUCAGAUAAUCCUCAUGUCUUGGCUUAGCGCUGAUUCUCAGAAUUUUGAAUUAAACCGUGAGGUUUAUCGUGCGAAGGAGAUGGAAGAGAGCAGAGUGGGAUUAAACAAGGUUGCUAGAGUUGCACAAAAAGCAAAGAAAAAAGUUGAACAAGAAGGCCUAGGAAAAAUUUUAGGAGUUCCUGAUGAUUCUCAGAGUAAAUAUAAACCCAAUGAAGAUGGAAAAUUUAAUUGCCUUUUCUUAGAUCAAACUAUAAAUUAUGAUAGACUAAACGACGAUUUUUGUGAUUGUCUGGAUGGAUCUGACGAACCUUCGACAAGUGCCUGUCAGUCCGGGCACUUCUUCUGUUUGUCCGGGACGAAAAUACCGUCGAGUCGAGUUAACGACGGAAUCUGUGAUUGUUGCGACGGAACAGACGAAUUUCGUCGCGAGGUUGUUAUUUCAAAAGUAGGACGAGACAUGCAGCAACGAAUUCGACAUUACUUGUCCCCUUGUGAGAAUGUCUGCUGAAAAAGAGAUUGCUGUUCUUUUCAGUUUAUAGUUUUUGAUUACAUAUUAUCUGAGAGUUGGUUCUAAACGGCCCAGUUUGCCUCCGUGGUUGGGGGGAAUAUUCAUAGACUACAAGUUUGUAUGAUCAAAAGUUUCUGAAUUAGAGAAAUAACACUUGUCCUAUCUUUGCGGUAUGUAAACACAACAAACACUGUUCAAAGUAUCUUCCAAGUAGAUCUUCUUCCGAAAUAUGAAUUAUUUUCACAGUCUUCUUUUAAGCAAUUACAUUUUUUUAUGCCAGAUUCAGUUUUGGGUUGUUUAUGAAUACAAUAUAAAAGUUCGUACCUAGGCUGUAACUGUAACUAUUGUGAUACUGUAUGAAAUACAAAAAUGUUUGUAUCUAAUUUGUAAAUGUCAAGAUAGAAAAGAUAUUCCUAAAGUUG